CUAAAGCAGUAGAGGACAUCAUUAUCCUAAUUCGAAUGGAAAGCGACGAUAUUCAUCAACGACAACGAAAGAGUAUUGACGUUACUACCCUUGAUCAAAUCAUCAGCACAUCAACACCAUGUUUUGACACAAUAAGAGACGAAGACGAAGACGAUACAAAACCUCGUGAUAAAGGCAAACAAGCAUUGUAUAGGUCUAAACAACAACAACAGCAGCAGCAGCGCGUCAUCGAUACCAACAGUGUUACGAGCAGCGGUAACGUUGAUUUGCCAGUUGUCAAAGUAUCAAAUACAUCAACUUUGGCAAGUAUUAUAUGUGUAGUUGCGGGCACAGGCAUUCUUGGUAUUCCUCAUGCAUUCAGCAGAUCCGGGUGGAUUGGGUUGUUAUUUCUUGUGCUUAGCUCUGUUAUGGCGCAGUUUUGUGGCUGCUUGCUAAUCCGCUGUCUAUACCAUGGCCAAUCUCGUCGCUUGUCCGGCUUUCCCGAGAUCGGCUUGGCAACGUUCGGCAAGCUCGGCCAGAUUGUGGGUGGCCUAUUUUCUUUGAUACUGCUGAUAUUGACACCAACACUCUACAUCAUUCUUGCUGGCGACAAUGUAUCCAAGCUCCUUUCGGUCAUUGGCCUUCAUUUGGAUCGCAAAGUGUGCACUUGGAUCGUAUCUGCCACGGUCGGUGUUCCUUUUGCGCUGACCAGGACCAUGCGUGACGUCUCAUUCAUGAGCUUUUUCGCAAGCAUGGCGACAGUAUGCUUGGUGCUGGUCAUGACGAUUGUGGCUGUGUCAGAUUUCCAGGAGAACGAAGCAAACACGCAUCAUGACUGGGCUAUUGCCGAGAAUAUACCGAUUGCUUUCAGCACGUUUAGUUUUUCGUACUGCGGCAAUGUAAUCUUUCCGCAUUUGGAAGCGUCCAUGAUAGAUCGCACUAGUUGGCCCAAAGUCUUGUUGGUGGCUACUUUUUCGGUUACUGUCAUAUAUGUGUUAAUGGGAUCCUUGUGUUAUUUGUCCUAUGGUAACCAAGUAAAAACGCCUGUUUACAACACGCUCCCUGAAGGCUCAUCUGCCCUGAAUGUUGCUAUGCUAGUUGCCACCGUCCAUGUAUUAUUAGCAGUUCCCAUGUAUUUAUAUGUGUUUACAUACAGUGUCGAAUCAUGGCUAGGCGUGCGACGACGGCAGCGAAGGCUGCAAGACCGCCACAACAAAGGCGACAAAGAUCGUCGAGAUCAAGGCAGCGAUGAGGAAGACAAAGGCAAGGACGACGAUGAUGACGAUAACAUAUCAACAAGUGACAAUAUGGUGAUUCGACGAUUACAACAGCACCCAUCGAUAACGCGGAUCGGGUUACGCGUUCUUGAAAUAUGUUUUUGUGCUUCGAUUGCCAUGUUGAUUCCUUACUUCUCCGACGUAAUGAGCUUGAUAGGCACUAUCGCAGCUGAAUCAUUAACAUUUAUAUUGCCUUGCAUAUUCUGGAUACGACUCUCAUGGAAGGAUGGACAAACAUGGGAACUCGUGAUCUGCGCUCUAAUCGCUAUCGUGGGAACAUUUUGCGCAGCAUUUGGUACAGCAGAUGCUGUCAAGGAGUUUUUGUAUGAUGUACGACAUGGAUAGUAGCCGUAGUUUACAGUAAUAUAUGACGGGAUGUAUAUUUGCAAGUACAAUGGCUUUCGGUUGUUGCUGUAUAUAUGUUUGUUGCCAUUGUUUGGGAAUAUAUCAUAUACUAUUGUGAGAGACAGGAGGAGAAAAUGAAGAGAAAUGGAGCAAAUAGAAGGAUGGCGGGAAGGAAAGGGUAGGGGUUUAUAUAUGGAUAAGCGUAAGAAAAAAAAUGAUGAAUAUACUCAAUCUGUCUUCGCAUGUUGAGUUGUCUCAUUCUUGUUGGUGUUGUCCGGGGUACUUGCAGCAGUAGCACGAUUACU